UCGAACCCAGAUGCAAAAAACGUUGAAAGGAAAAGAAAUUGAAGAAGAAGAAGGAGAAGAAGCUUUAGCAAUAUGGGAUUGUGGCAGCCCUCUAUAUGACUCGUAUGAGUUGGUUUCACUUUCUCAUGUCAUCGAACGGCAUCUGAUGAAAUUGCCAAAUAGCAGUGGAUCAAAGCGUUUCAUCGCCCCAUCGUUCUCUCGUGCAAAUAACAGAGUCACCUCGAUGCUAUCGAACCAAACCAGGAAGAUGAGCAUGGGAGGAAGACAUCAUCGGGAAAAUCCCAGAAACAAGAUGAAAAUUAAAUGGUUUUCUAGUUUUCUUGGAAGGUUUGGUUUUCAGAAGAAGAGAUCAAACACAGAUGAUAUCGUGAAUGAAACAGUUAAUGUCCUCUAAGUGAAGAGGAGUUAAGGAAAGCACUUUAAUAA